AUGGAUUCCAUCGAUCAGUCGGACAUUGAAACAGAUGCAGAAGCUGUUAACAGCUCUUUUCGCACAAUUUCUACCAAAAGUUCAUUUAGUGAUUUGUCCGGCCAUGGUGUUUUUCGUCAGUCCUCACCGGUUGUGCAUGGUCGUACAAGGACGAUUUCAUCUGAAUCCUACAAAACGAGACAAAACGAUGCCAAUGAACAAUUCGCAGAGGUCGACUUGAACGUGGCAACAGGUCUUCGGCGAUCAAGAAGAUUUGGCUCUUCAAAAAAUCGAUUAAAAGACGUGAAAAAAUGGGUUAUAGAAAAAACCAAAAAGAAGAGUGGCAUAGUUGAUGACCAACUUCAGCAUGAACGGGCGAUAAUCAAAGAACUCCAAGAAGAAAUAACAAGACUGAAAAGUGUUGUAACUCUCUAUCAAGAAAAGCUUGAAUCCUUUGAAGAGGGACGCGUCAACAUUUACACAAAGAAUUACCAGUGUGGCGAUAACAAUUCUAUUUACGAUGUCAGUAAUGAAUGCGAGACGGUUUUGUUCGGGUACUUUGAAAACCUUAAAACGAAGAUGGAGCACCUUGAUGAACUUCAGUCAACGAUGAAUGAGAUGACAGAAGAAUUAAAAUCAUUAAAAAAGGAAAUGCAAUCUGAGUCUGCCCAUGUUAAACUUAACUACACAAUAAGCCUCACUGACGAAAGAGUUAUGCUUCGUUGUAUUGAAGAAAUUAGGAUGAUGGAAGAAAUUCCAGCUAGCCACGAUGCAUUUAGAAGCCUUCCCAAAAAUGCACAUUUCAAGCGGAGCAACUGGAGCAAGUACACUUUCAAUUCCGAUGUGGCCUGGAACUGA